AUGUACAAACUUUUUCACAUUUAUUUUUUUUUACUUUUUCAGUUAGAUUCUGGGGCCAAUAUAGACGAGAAAGCAGUAAGUCAUAAAAAAUUAGAACAGUUCGAUACCUCCAAAACGGUGAACUCGGCCGCCAUCGAACAAUUCCUGACCGAAAAAAAUAUCAAGUUUCUAGAAGGAAAUUGCUGUUAUCAGGUCUACUGUCCAAAACUGAAAAUUCACAAAAAACCAGUCAAGACGACGUCCUCAGACUUAUUUAUCAAUAAAAUUACUGGCCAUUUUGUUUGUUUUAAAUGCGGCAAAACUGGUGAUUGGUCUCAUCUUGUGGACAAUAUUCUCAUCUUUCACCAGAUGAAAAAAAAAGUGAACAAGGAAUGUUUCAGUGAAAUCGAUGCGGUGAAAAAAUGGAAUCAGGUGGAUUCGCACGUAGAAACCAUUUGGGCCCAAGCCGAACAUUUAGAAAAGCUAACAGCAGACGUCAAACAAAAUAUUCUAGAAGAUUUCGAAUUAGAUCAACUGACAUUCGAAACUUUGAAAAGUUUUGAAGUACGUUUUAUCAUUUCCAAAAAUUCCUUAGUUUUCCCGUUUUUUAAUUUAGAAGGUAACGUCACUUCGAUAAAAAUUUUGAGAUGUAGAAAAGGACUGGAUGAAAAUGACGAAAUGAAAACAACGUUAAAAGAAUCGAUAAUUCCAAGUCACCAACCGUUGGGAUUGUUUGGCUGGAAUUUGGUGAACGACAUAAAAGAGAUAGUACUAACUUCUACGGAAAAAGACGCCAUGGCGAUCAAGCAAGCUACGAAUCAAGUGGCGCUAACACUUCCAAAGGGACCUUCGAUACUUCCUCAAGAGGUUCUACCAUCUUUUGAAAGAUUUUCAAAAAUUGUCGUUUGGUUCAGUGAUGAUAUAAACAGUUGGGAAGCGGCAAAAUUAUUUUCGCGAAAACUAAACCAUAAACGAUGUUUCAUUAUUCGGCCAAGUUUAAAAAGUCCAGUGCCGUACCAAGCUCUCGUCGAGGAAUUAAGUUUGCGAUCUAUUUUAAAAGAUAGCAAACGUAUUCAUAAAGAAUCUAUUAAAAACUUUUCUGACCUACGUUCGGAAGUUUACGCAGAAUUUACACAAAUUGAGCGUGUGACUGGUGUAAAAUGGCAGAGGUAUAAAACUCUAAAUACCAUUCUAAAAGGUCAUCGUCGUGGUGAACUGACUGUGGUUACUGGGGCAACGGGUUCGGGAAAAACGACCUUUAUAAGUGAUUACUCCUUAGAUUUAGCGAUGCAGGGCGUCAACACUCUUUGGGGCAGUUUUGAAAUUAACAAUAUCCGUCUGCUGAAAAUGAUGAUUACGCAAUUCUCUCAAAGAAAUUUUUCGAAAAAUCUACAGGACUUUGAUGUUUGGGCAGACAAGUUCGAAGAACUACCUCUCUAUUUUAUGACUUUUCACGGACAGCAGAAAAUUCCUGAAGUUUUGGACACCAUGGCGCAUGCGGUGUACGUUCACGAUAUUUCUCACGUCAUCGUUGAUAAUCUUCAAUUUAUGGUCGGAAUGAGCAGCGACAAUCCAGGAGACAGAUUUCUACAACACGAUAAAGUCGUGGCUGGUUUCCGAAGAUUCGCUACGCAAAGAAACUGUCAUGUGACGUUAGUGAUUCAUCCGCGGAAGGAAAAAGAAGGGGAGCCGUUAACGACUGCUUCAAUUUUCGGUAGCGCCAAACCAACGCAAGAAGCGGACAAUAUUAUGCUGUUGCAGGACAAACGCGUAAUGACCGUCACGGGGAAAAAAUAUGUUCAAAUUACUAAAAAUAGAUAUGACGGAGAUCUGGGCGUGAUUCCGUUAAAUUAUGAUAAAGGUUCAAUGAGUUAUGUUGUCAAGGAAGUUAAAUUACCCAGUGAUCAAAGUGUAGACUCGGAUAUAGAAAACUAG